AUGGCAACUCCUGAUUCAUAUCGAUCAGUAUGCGACCGUUUCGACGUUGGUAAAGGGACAGCUUGGCGAACUGUUUGGAAAUUUGUAAGCGCCUUAUACAAAUACCUACCGACAUUUAUCACGUGGCCUACUCAGGCUGAAGCAGCAAGAACAGCAGCCUAUAUUGAAAAUAGAUACAGAUUUCCUGGAGUGAUAGGAGCAGUCGAUGGCAUGCAUGUCAAAAUUUGUAAACCACAAAUCAAUGCGUGUAAUUACAUAAAUCGUAAAGGGCAAUAUUCGAUACAGACGCAGGUUACAUGUGAUCACACUUUGAAGUUUACUCAUGUGUACUCUGGUGAAGUUGGCUCUGUUCACGAUUUCCGAUUUUUUGGACUAUCGGGUUUACAGAGUUUAUGUACUCCUGCCAAUUUCCCUGGAAAUACCCACUUAUUAGCUGACAAAGCUUAUAAUUUGCAGCCGUGUGUCAUGGUUCCAUAUAAGAAUAAUCAUCAUUUGGGUGCUGCUGAAAUUAAUUAUAAUAGAAGUCACUCGUCGUCAAGAAUGAUGGUUGAACGAGCUAUUGGAAUGUUGAAAGGACGAUUCCGUAGCUUAUUAGACAAACUUCCUAUUAAACGAACUGAUUUAAUCCCUUAUUAUAUUGUAUCAUGCUGUAUUUUACACAAUAUUUGUAUUUAA